GAUUUAUCUUAUUCUUUUUUUUUGUCCCUUUCUCUCUUUUUUUGUUUUCUCUAAAUUCUAAAACCCUAUCUCACCGGCCCCCUCCCUCCAGUUGCCAGCCACUGCCCCUUGCUCCGCCGUACGCCGCCCUACCCGACGCUGUCUCAGUGGCGCUGUAUUAUCAGCUGCCCAGUCUAAUCACUCCGAACAAAUUCCAUGCCGCUCCUCUCACACUUUCUCACCUCUCCGACCACUCAGAAUUAUUUAUCUUUAUUGUUUUUCUCAGAAACACAGUGCUUCAACCCCUAACCUGCUCCGCUGGUGAGAUAGCACUGCCGCCUUUCAUUUUUAAGACCCCCAAGAAACACAGGGCUUCAACCCCUAACCUGCCCCGUUGGUGAGAUAGCACUGCCGCCUUUCAUUUUUAAGAUCCCCAAGCAGAGUAAGUUGAUGGGUGCAGUCAUUCUAGGCUUGCCAGGUCCUUGGGCUGAUGAUAAUCUUGAACUUUCUGAUUAUUAUACUACAAAAGUUGGCGGGAUUCCGGACUUGGCUUUUAAAAAAUUCAACCACAGUCUGUUAGACUGUUCUCAGUGUGGAAGUAAAUUAUGUCUUGUUUUACAGAUUUAUGCUCCAGUUUCAAUCGAUAGAACAAACAUAGAUGAACGCCUUCUCCUUGUUUUUGGUUGUCUAACUCCAGAAUGUGGGAGCAGUUCCCUUGGUUGGCGAGUUUUUCGUGUUCAAAAAUCAUGUGACAAGGAGUUCUCCAAAGUUUCUCAAGAAAUUGGCCCCUUGACAACGUCAACUUCAGCUGCAAAGACUAACUGGUGGCAGCAACUGGAUGAAGAAAGCGAUGAAGAAAUGGAUUUGGCGGAGCUACAAAAGGCAUUUUCGGAGGUUGCAACUAAAGUUUCUCAUGCCAAGGGAACUCCAAGUGAAUCACAUUCUAAGACUGUCACAAAGAGCUUAACUUCGAGACCAACAAGAGUUGUCGAUGUGAAAACACCAGUGGUACCAUGCUUUUAUAUCUAUACUGAAGAUGAAUCAUCAUCGAAGGAUAUUUCUAUGUGUUCCAAUUAUGCAUCACUCUCUUUAAAGGAGAAUCAAAGUGAUGAGGAGGAUUCAAUACAAGAAGAAAAGUGGUCAGAAGAAGGUUACGAAUAUGACAAGGCUCUGACUGCUGACCGAACUUACUUGAAGUUCAAGAAAAAAUUGGAUGCAUAUCCAGAACAAUGUUUCAGAUACUCGUUCGGCGGGAAGCCGAUUUUGGCAAGAUCAGAGGACGGAGAAGCUGGAAAGUGCAAGGCAUGUGGUGGAUCAAGGCAGUUUGAAAUGCAGCUAAUGCCUCCACUGCUAUAUUUUCUUCAGGAAGCAGCUGAUGAAAGUCAGAAACAGUUGCUGGAGACCUGGAACUGGAUGACGCUUUUGGUACAUACUUGUUCUGAAAGCUGUUCGCAAUCUUCUGAGAAGUCAGAUGAGGGGAACUGGAUCAUUACAGAGGAAUCCACGAUUGUGCAAUUCGAGAAGCCCUUCAAUGGCUCCCCAGAAUUAGUUGGCUUCUUCUCCCUCACCUCAUGAGCUUGAUUUCAGGACCGAGACAUGGGAUAAAGCAUUCACAUUAAAUUUUAUCUCCCUGUAUGUCUCAAGGAAAAAAAUUUUGUGGUUUGUAAUUUGAUGUAUGUUUAGUUGUCUCAUAAUCAACAUUGAUUUGGUUGAAUGAUCGAUUGAUUGUGUUCAUAGUGAGAAUCUUAUAGUGCUAUAAUCACGGAUAUGACACUUGAAACAGUUUAUGGGAAAAGGGUAUUGUUGACUUA